AUGUGGUUUUCUCCAAAGACAAAAGACAAAACUCCAAAUCGAAUAAUAAAUCACAUUGAUGAAAUUUCUCUGUGUUCUUGCUUGCUCAAACUUCUGUCUAAUCUAUCUUUGUUCUCUUCUUCUUGUGCAAUCUUUUCCUUGCUUCCAGUGGCUGCUACAAAGAACAAAGCUAGAGGCAGCCAAGGGCAGUUCCCACUCACACAGAACGUCACAGUUGUUGAAGGGGGAACAGCAAAUUUGACCUGCAGGGUCGAUCAAAAUGAUAACACCUCCCUCCAGUGGUCAAAUCCAGCUCAACAGACACUGUACUUCGAUGACAAAAAAGCUCUGAGGGACAACAGAAUCGAGCUGGUGCGAGCGUCGUGGCACGAGCUGAGCAUCAGCGUCAGCGAUGUGUCCCUGUCGGACGAGGGGCAGUACACCUGCUCUUUAUUCACCAUGCCUGUCAAAACUUCCAAGGCUUUCCUCACCGUCCUCGGUGUUCCUGAGAAGCCACAAAUUACUGGAUUUACCUCACCAGUUAUGGAGGGAGAGAGGAUGCAGCUCACUUGCAAGACAUCUGGUAGUAAGCCAGCAGCUGAUAUCAGAUGGUUCAAGAAUGACAAAGAAGUUAAAGAUGUUAAGUAUUUAAAAGAAGAAGAUGCAACUCGUAAAACAUUCACAGUCAGCAGCACGCUGGAUUUCCUAGCAGAUCGCAGUGAUGAUGGUGCAGUUGUAAGUUGCAGAGUAGAUCAUGAGUCCCUAAACUCUACACCUCAGAUAGCAAUGCAGGUUCUAGAAAUACACUAUACACCUUUAGUUAAAAUCAUUUCUUCCAAUUCAUGGCCUGAAGAAGGACAAUCUAUAAUUUUGACUUGUGAAUCCAAAGGAAAACCAGUGCCAGAACCAGUACUGUGGACAAAGGAUGGUGGAGAACUCCCAGAUCCAGAGAGAAUGGUUGUCAAUGGCAGGGUUCUAAGCAUCAGCUUCCUAAACAAAACAGACAAUGGCACAUACCGAUGUGAAGCAAAAAAUCCCAUUGGCCGAAACAGCACAGAGUAUGUCCUGAUAGUGCAUGAUGUUUUGAGCACUUUGCUUCCCACUACUGUCAUCCCCUCCCUUACCACUGCAACAGUCACAACCAAUGUAGCCUUAACAGCCAGCACAACCACAUCUGCAACAGCCACCAGCAUCAGAGAUCCAAAUGCUUUGGCUGGACAGACUGGACCUGAUCACGCUCUUAUAGGAGGAAUAGUGGCUGUAGUUGUCUUUGUAACACUAUGUUCUAUAAUUCUCCUUGGUCGAUACCUGGCAAGACAUAAAGGAACAUAUUUAACAAAUGAAGCAAAAGGAGCUGAAGAUGCACCUGAUGCCGACACAGCCAUUAUCAAUGCAGAAGGCAGCCAAGUCAAUGCAGAGGAGAAAAAAGAGUACUUCAUUUAGAUGCAGAGCUAGAAUCUUGGAGUUUUACUUAUCAGGCUGACUGCUGGAGAAAACUGGCUAUCAUUUCUCAGAAUUCAUUUCUGCCAUCUUCUGCUAUCUUUAUUAACUCGCAUACCUGCUAUAAGUAGCCAGUUUAUGCCAACAAUCAGCUGUUGACAUCAUCAUUCUAUAAUUACAGUAUCAUGCGUAAAACAGGACAUUUCUUAUUGCCUAAAAAUCAUAUCCACUGCUCUCUUAACAUACAGUGCUUGAAUAUACAGCCUUAACAAUGUUAAUCAUCAUCUUAAUCCAAGUUUUCUACAUAUUUAAGUGUUAUUGCAGCUUUCUUUUCCAGUUUUGUUUUAUCAUGUCCCUACUAGUAUGUCAUAGAACAAAAUUCGUAACAAGUACUAUUAGGUGAGGUCCUAAUUUACUUACAGAAAAUGUUAAGUCUAAGAUUAGAGGUUUACAAAGAAUCUUUUAUACCUGUCUAUCUAUAAUUCAAAAAGCAACUUGUUUUUGAAGCAUAUGCCCUUGGAAACACAAAUUGAAAUCUGUUUAGUAUAGUUUCCUGUAUGUUUGGAUUUGGUGGGAAAAAAAAGAUGAGUCCAGUGAAUUUUUUGUUUUGUUUGGCUUUGUUUUGUUAUGGUUUAAAUGGUACCUUGAUAACAGUGCCAUGUUUCCGUGGUGAAAACAUGCUGAAUAGCUAUACAGAGUCUGCAAAGUUAGGUAAUAGAGCUUCUUUCGAAACAAUUUGUCCUGCCCUUUUACUGGCUUUUGGGAUCAUAAAGAUUAGAGAACUUUCUGAGUAAUUUAUGUUUUUAUAAUUUAUUUGCUAAACAUGAACUCACCUGCCUACUCAAAUUUGAUGUGUUCAUGGGGCACAAUGGCAAGGCAUUUUAGUAUCUGUAUAUAGUGCAUAUAAUAAAUUCAAUUAAACAUUAUUUGAUACAUAUUCAACUUUUUUGGCAGUAGCUAAGUCAGUCACCAGUAUGCAUUUUCUAAUGUCCAUUAUAUCCCUUUAGAUAUGACUCAAAAUCAAUAUUCUGAGUAGAUAACAUGUGUGAGUAUUUUUUUGUCUGUAUGUCCUAGCACUGUUCAGCAGCAAACUUUUCUAGUUCUUGUUAAUUUUUUCUUUGUUAUACAAUGGAAGCACAAUGUUAUAUGGAAAGGUAGUUUUAAGCUAACAACCAGUGCACAGCCUCAGGUUUUAAAUUACAACCACAUUUGAUUACUAUCCUUAAAAAGUACUAUUGAGUUGCUAAAAUUCUCAAUUUUUAAUUUGGCAGUUCCAGAGCUGCUUCUCUAUGUUGGUUUGCCAAAAAAAAAAAAAAAACCCUUUAAAAAAAAAAAUAAAAAGGAAAAAAAAAAAAAAAAGAAAAAAUAGAAGUGUUAAAACAAAAGAUAUAUGUUUUGUGUAUACAGUAAAUGGACUAAUUCUUUAUAUUAAAUUCCUGUCUAUGCAUUUUGUGAGGUACAAACUUAUGUCACCGUGAAUGAUAGAGAAUUCCUGCCAUGCUUUUAGCUCCACAGUGAAGGUCUCUGUUUGGAUUAUUUCUGAAUUUUUUUUUUUUUGUGUAAUUGACAGCUGAAAAAUCACAUGCUCUUAAAUAUGACAACAAAACACUGUAAGCCCAUUGGCUUAUUUCCUCUUCCAAUGAAAAGAAAAGGUUGCCAUAACAGGUCUUGGGAAUGAUUCUACACUGGAGAAUGCAAGUUAGUCUAGUUGGAGCUCGCUUUGCUCCUGUGUUUUGCACCUUUGACAAAGAAGUAUUUCUCUCUGGUUGAUGUAUUUGUGAAGCAUAAAAGCAUGAUGGUCUGCUGUAAAGGACUUUCUCCUGGGAUUUUAUUUUUGUGUGGGGAAGGGAGAAUUUGGAAUACGACAUCAUGUGGUAUGGUAAAAUGGAAGAUAAAGGUGCUGUGACAGAUUAUUUAUCAGAAGAAUAUAAACCUUUUAAGGACAAUAUUAGAGUAUUUUAAUUGUUUUUGUUGAAGCAUUUAUCUUGUUAAUUUCUAAGAAAAAAGGGUGACGUCAAUCAAAGCAGCACUUUUUUUCAAAAUAUACAGACAUAAAUAAUAUGAUGUGGUUGAGUGUUAACAUAAUAAAUCAUAUACAGUAUGACAUUUUAAAGAAAUAAGUCUGCAUUGAUGUGAUUGCAUGCUUGUUUUUACAGUUCACUCCAUACCCAUCUGUGGAAAAAUGCAAUAAUAUGUUAAUAUAAUAUGGUAGUUUGAGAGAACCAGGUAGGUGCUACUAGACACAUUGAAAACUAGUAUAGGUUUACAAGAUAUUCAUGUCUUUCAAAACAUAAACAUGUAAAAGGCUGGCAAAGGAAGUCGAUCAGUUUAAUACCAAAAAUAUGGGUUCUUGUCACAGCAGUAAGUUACAUUAGCUAUAGUACAGUAUCAGAGUUUCAUUUCAGGACCUGGGGCCCACUUCAAAUAAGCUUUUAAGUACAUAGUCAGCUUCAGGCGUCAGAGAAGUUCCCUUGGAGUAUAAGGCACUGUUCACAUGCUUAAAAACAAAGUGCUUCCCUGGAUGAGGGCCUUAUUUGCUCAAGUGGAAUUCCCCACCAGCGUGGUGUUUGCGCCUUCCUUCAUCCUUCCUAACUCCAGCCCGCUUGAAUAUAGGGUUGUUACUUGAACCAUUACCCAGCCAAGGUCAGGCAGGACCUCCAAAAGCAGGAUUGGCCUUGUGGUAACCAUUUCAAACCAUAUUCUCCAGUGGCACAGAAACAGCAUUUCAACUUGGCAAAAAAAAAAAAAAAAAAACCAGAUUUAAAUUGUCCUGUUAAAACAGGUUUUGUUUUGGUUUUUUUGUUUUUUUGUUUUUUUUUUUCAUUGGCUUUCAAUUAAAACUCCUCACAUGUGCUCAUUUUUAACCCAUUUGAUCUUCCAUUGUCUUGCACCUGGUGAUGUCCCUUGCAGCUGUGCACAGCAGGUGUGAAAAGCCCCACACAGAGCAUUCUACCUGGAUAGCACUUUGCAGGCUUAUCUGGUCUUCACGGGUUCAAAUUACUACACGGGGUAUAAAGAGGCAUCCCUCUUUCCUGUAAGCAGAAUCAUGGCUCAACACUAAUGACAUUCAGUUGGCUAAAAGCCAGUUGUGCAUUUGUUUUUGCCCAAGUUCCCAUUCUGGAAAAAGGAUUAAACAAAAAAAGACAAAGUUUUUAAUGAUGGUGUGAGGCACCCAGCGAGUGUGUAAAACAGAGGCUCAGAAUGGGAACCACCUUCACUAAAAUGUAUGUGACAGCCUCUCCCUCACUCACUUGCAGAGUAGUUUUCUCCAGACCAGGUAGCUAGUUUCUGCCAGUGUACUGUUUACAGUGUCGACUGCUGAUUAUUUUUAAACUUUUUUAUGUAGACUUUUUUUUUUUCUUUUUUAUUUUCUUCCAAUGCUUCAAGAACAUUCUCAUGAUUUGAACGAGAAAGCGGUGCAUCAGAAGACAAGGGGUGCAUCAUCCCACUCUUUUAGUGUCAUCUGACAAACCAAGAGACAGUUUAAGGAACCUGAUGUUUAACUUGAGGCUCAGAGUUUAAGCUAGAACAUCUCAAAAAGUUUCUUAAGGAUGGUUCUUCUUGCACUGAGACUCCCUCUCUAAAGGAACACAUGAAGAAAACCAACUUUUCUAAGUGAGACAUGAAAGUUAACAUCUUGUGUGUUUUCAUUGCAGUAUAAUAUAUAUAUAAAUAUAUAUAUAUAUAGCUAUUUCAAUGAAAAGAAAGGACAGAAUCAUCUGUAAUUAUGUAAUUCAUGAUUGUAACAGCACUGAAGUUACCAUGUACGCACAUGUACAGUAGCUCUCUCAACAGUUACAGUGUAGUUACAUGUAAUUCCCUGUAACAUAGCAGUUCUAGUGUAAUUUAGUGCCACUUAUUGUAAAGUGUUACCAAAAGGAAAAUGGACUUCUUACCUUUAGAAUUCCAUUUGAAUUAAAGGUAAGUUUAUUAAAUUAGCACCAUUGAAUCUGAUAUUGCGUUUCUUGAUUAAGGAGGUGAUUUAAAACUUUAAUGUUCACGCUGCAGCUUCCCCCACCGCUUACCCAGACUCCUCCAAAUGUCUAAUCUCUACACUCCUAGGAACUGGUAAUCUGUGAUGAACAUACCAAAAAUCCCAGCUACUCCAACUUUAAUUGAACAAGCUGUCUAAUAAAGAAAAACAGCACCAACAAAAAAAAAAGAAAAAAGAUGAGUAAUGCUUUUUAUUAAGUGGCACAAAGUACACACUAAAAACUAUGCAAAAAUAUAGGUAAAUACAGUGUACUUACAUGUAAGUAUCUUGUACUUGCUGUGUAUGGAUAUUGGAAAACCAUGUAAUUAUAAUAUGCAUUUUGAUUAUUUCAAGCAGGGGGUGACCCCUAACAGUCACAAGGGAAAAGUGGAAGGUCCAUCUACAAUUGGUGGAUAUCCUAAUGCAAUAUGUGUAAUUCCUCUACUUGCAAUGACAACUGAUUUAUAAAAAGAAAAAAUGCUUAUACUGCUCCUCAUUCUCACCAGCUUUGCUUUCCAUUUCUUGGAACACCAUUAAAUACCACUGAAACACCUUUAGGCAAAGUAAGACACUGACUCCUCUAAUGGCUUUGCUGCCAGCACUCUGACUGUCUGGCAACGCUGUUCUGUAAUCUUAUUUCUGGCUCAACAGCACAAGUUUCAUCUUUUUUUCUGUCCUCAAGGGAGCCUAGUAUGUUAAGAUGCUGAAAUAUGCUGCCAUAUGCCCUGGUAUUUUUAGCAUGAACAACAGAGAAAAAGAGAGAGAGAGAGAGAGAGCUGCAUUCUUCUGACCCCUAUUUUGCAGAAUCACCUCACCUGGAAUUUCCACUACUUGCUCAGUAACGCCAGGUAAUCUUAAAUUGUAAGUACAAAAUGCUUCCAUUACAGUACAGAGGAUGCCUUUAAUGAUAAAGCUAACGUUUUUUGUAAACAUGAAGUUUUGUAUUAUAGAUCUUUUUACUUCUUGACACUUUUCCAUCGUGCCCUUCCAGAAGAAAUGCACCGAAAGACAGAUAACGUAGAAUAGCAGAAGAAGACAAUAAUUUUUUUUGUAAGCCUUCUUGUGCUUGCCAUUGCUAUCACCCUCCUUUGUGUCCUGUGUAACAGGCAAAUAAAUGUAUUUAGCAACUGCCAUUAGCAUCAUUCUACACCAUACUAUUCCUAGAAUAUGACAUCUACCUCUUAGUCUAAAUACUAGUUGUGAGAUAUUUGUAUACAUUUUAAAUACUAUUGAAUCUUUGCUUUUGUCUUGAAAUGAAAUCACUUUAUUAUUAUUAUUAUUAUUUUCUUUCAAAAAAAGGUAAAAAGUGUUGCCUGGGUUCAUAAUUCUUGCCCUGUUCUUAUUCAUUUUGGUAUAGUUUUAGCUUUCUAACAGGGCAUAAGGACACAGCCUCAGCUGGUAUAAAUCAGCUUCACUCUGUUGCCUUAAAUGUGGGACAAUUUACGCUGGCUGGGGAUUCAUCCCAAACAGCUAAAAAAUAAACUGCUAUAACACAUCAAUAUUUAGUCAGCUCUAGAUAAUGAUUCACAAUCCAACUGCAACACAGUUCUUCCUAGUAAGGCAUGCACGUAUGAAGAGAAACUUUAAGAAGCACAUGCAAGCUUUUGAAUUAAAUAUGCAAUAUCAACACUGUUGAGAUAUCCUGACUUGUCUCUUACUUAUUUAAACAUAAUAUCACCAGGGCAUGUUUACAUUAAAAACACUCAAUGCAUGGGGAGCAGAGAAGGACUAUUGCAAACAGCAGGAGAAAAUUAAAUUAAUGGAGAAGCCUUUGAUGUCAACAGAACAGAGUAGAAACUCUUUUGAGAGUAGGACUUCCUACAGGGUUUUUCAGGGGGGACCUAAAGCCUCUAAAAAGCAUGAAAGUUGUUUACUUGGCAUGAAGAGAGGCUAGCACAGUUCCUUCUUGCUAUCGAGGAAUCUUACCCAGCACUCUGCACUUCUUUUAACUCAGGAGAAAAUAAGGGUACAAACAUGGUUGAACAGCACACUUGUGUAUCACUCCACAUCCUCAGGAUGCUCCAAGCCUCGUGCGCUUCCAGCAGCCCUCAAGGGAAUUCUUCCAGCAUCUAGGAAUCAUCCUGUUGCCGAGCUGUGUUCGUUUUCUUCAGCAAUGUUUAAUGUACUCACAACCAAACAGAAGGUGUGAAGCCAAUUUGAAUGAGUCUGCAGUUCUAGGGGCUUCCAGAGCCUUUCGGUAGAUGGGGGGAAAAAAAUUUAAAAAAAAAAAAAAAAAGAAUUCUUCGUGGCUUCUGUGUUUACUGUAGGUCUGCCCUCCACAUUCUGUGUCUUCAGUCAUUUAUUCUCUGCUGGGCUAAAAGCAACAGUCUAAUUGGAAAGGAGGAAGGAAAAUAUCUCCUCUAAAAGGAGCAGUCUGUGCUACUAUUAAAGAAAAGUUCAAGGGUUUUUGUUUCUUCCCUUUUUUUUAAGAUUUCAGGUGCAGAGCCAAGCCUGUUGGGGUCAGCACUUUAGCACUUUCCCUGUGUUCAGGGUCAAGCCAGCAGUGUUUCAUGUGUGGGCUCUGAUCUCAUGUUUCAGCACAAACUACAGACAGCCUUAGCCUGCCCUUAUGCAUAGUGCUGAAAAUCACCAAUGCUAUUUUCUUCUAAACAUAAUAAUUUCUCAGUCUUGUUCCAAAAUGAAAUACUGAAGGGUUUUUAUAAUAGGUGUAAAGGGAGGGAGUUUAGAGUAAUAGCUUGUAAAGGAGAUUGUAAGGAUGAUCAUCAACUCUUUAUGUUGUUUAUAAAGAGGAGGAUAGUCUUUAAUUGCUGGGCUGAUUUCUUUAUCAUUUCCUCUUUUUCUCCUUUCUAUGCAUAUUGAUUAAUGUUAGUAAAUACGCAUUUGCACAUGCUGUCCUUUUCCAGCAAAUGCAGAUUUGCUUAUACCACUAUAUAGCUUUCAUAGAAAUAUGCAAAUAUAACCUACAGUCAUCUGCUUCUGCCAAAACAGUGAGCCAAGAGAGUGAACUCGUGGAUUACUGGGUUCAUAUAUGUCCUGCUUCCAUCAAAACUGAGUACAGUACGCCUAUUGAUUUCACAAGAACAAGGCUCGAGUCCUUAAUGCGCAUGUUUGAGUUGCUAUUUAGCUCUUUUUCAAAAGAAUUAUAAAGCAAUCCUUGUGCAUCCUUUACAUUUAGCCUGGAUAUUUUAUAACUACAAAACGCCUUCAGUUCAGCAGGCAGUUUCCUAGAAUAAAUAAUAAGACAUAAUUUGUGAAAGGACUAUAACAACUUAUUCUAUUCAUGGUCAGUGUAAGUGUAUUCUCCUAGGAACUCUGGUGUACUUUUCUCUUGCACUGGCAAUUUAUGGCCCUGAGAAGGAUAUAUUUGAAUGGUGCAGAAAUACAACCACUAACCUGGGGAAAAAAAAAAUAAAUAAAUAAUCCAUGGGAAUUAAACAUAUUGCACUGAUGAUAAGACACAUCAAUUUCAUUUUAUUUCCUCAUCAAUAACUUUAAGCAGACAAAAUGCAUAUUGUAAUGUUGGGUACAUGACACUUGCAUGUUGCUAUGCCUAUAUACUUACAAAGUAUUCAAUGUGUACUUGGUGGCGCUUAAAAAUGUCAUGUACAAUUCUUCUAAACAUUCUUACAGGGUUCCCAUUUGCACUUCAUCUUUCAGAAAAGUCUUGUCAGAAAAUUGUCUGAUGAAUAUUAUUGAAAAAAAAAAUAAAAUUUCAAUUUUAGUUA